CCAGGCCCGCCGUGCGUCUGCCCGGGCCAGCGUUCCUCCUCGGACACCUGGUGGCCGGGGCCAGGCCACCCGUUUUUAGAUGCCUCAGGCGUGGUGAGCAGAGGCGUGUGUGGACCGUGGGUUUCCCGCGUGGCCUGAGUGAAUGCUGACGAUGGACACGUGCAAGCACAUCGGGCAGCUGCAGCCUGCUCGGGACCACUCCAUCCUCAGCCCGCAGAAGUGGCACUGUGCGGACUGCAGGGCGACCGAGUCCAUCUGGGCCUGCCUCAGCUGUCCCCACGUCGCCUGUGGACGCUACGUUGAGGAGCACGCGCUCAAGCACUUUCACGAGAGCAGUCAUCCUGUUGUGCUGGAGGUGAACGAGAUGUGUGUAUUCUGUUACCUCUGUGAUGAUUAUGUCCUGAAUGACACUGCAGCUGGAGACGUGGCGCUACUGCGAAGGACAUUAAGUGCAGUCAGAAGUCAGAGUACCACUCGUAGCGGAAGGGUUUUGCCACCUGUGGGUACCAGGGAGGGUUCUCCCUUCUUACGUGACGACGCCCCGUCUCUGCUUCAGAAUGGAGAUCAAAUGUGCGCUGCUCUCUGGCACAGGAGGAGACUGCUUAUGGGGAAAAGCUUUCGGACUUGGUUUGAACAAUCACCCAUUGCAAGAAAAAGGCAAGAACAACAAUUUCAGGAAAAAAUAGUGGCUAAAAGAGAAGUGAAAAAAAGACAGCAAGAGUUGUCAGAAUAUCAAGUGAGAGAGGAAUCGGAAAGUACGCCCCCCAGAAAGAGCUUACGUUUGCAGGGUGCAGCGCAUUCUGCCAUGAUCAGAGUGGGUCCUGUUCAGACCCCACCACGAAGCCCAGCAUCACCAGCGCAGGAUAGGGUUAGGUCUACCCCUGAGGAUGGAAGUUGGAACAAAACUGGUGACGCCUCAGCUAAAGGGAGGCCUGUACUAACUCCUGGCGUAACAGGACUGAGAAAUUUGGGAAAUACUUGCUAUAUGAAUUCUGUUCUGCAAGUGUUGAGUCAUUUACUUAUUUUUCGACAGUGUUUUUUAAAACUUGAUCUGAACCAGUGGCUGACGGUGACUGCUGGUGACAAGACAAGAUCAUACGGCCAUCCUGUGACAGAUGCUGUGGUCUAUCAAAUGCAUGAGUGCCAAGAAAAAGAGCCAGGCUUUCUUUGCUCCAGACACCCAAGUAUAUCAAGACUGAGAGGUGGAGAACCAAAAAGUAGAAAUAUGGAACUUAUCCAGUGCACAGAGCCAAGUUCACAGUAUUUAUCUCUUUGUCACGAGUUGCACACCUUAUUCCAGGUCAUGUGGUCUGGAGAGUGGGCCCAGGUCUCACCCUUCGCCAUGCUCCACUCGGUAUGGAGGGUAAUUCCUGCUUUUCGCGGUUACGCCCAACAAGAUGCUCAGGAAUUUCUUUGUGAACUUUUGGAUAAAAUACAAAAUGAACUAGAGACAACGGGUAGGGUGCCAGCACUUCUCCCCACUUCUCAAAGGAAACUUAUCAAGCAAGUUCUGAAUGUUGUAAAUAAUAUUUUUCAUGGGAAACUUCUUAGUCAGGUUACAUGUCUUGCAUGUGACAACAAAUCAACUACCAUAGAACCUUUCUGGGAUUUGUCAUUGGAAUUUCCAGAAAUAUACCAGUGCCCUGGGAAAGAUGUGACCUCACAGCCUUGUUCUGUUACUGAAAUGUUGGCCAAAUUCACAGAAGCCGAAGCUUUAGAAGGAAAAGUCUACCUCUGUGACCACUGCAACUCAAAACGUAGGAGGUUCUCAAAGCCGGUCACGCUCACAGAGGCCCGGAAGCAGCUCCUCAUCUGCCGCCUGCCGCAGGUCCUCAGGCUGCACCUCAAGCGAUUCAGGUGGGCAGGACGCAAUAACCGAGAGAAGAUUGGUGUUCACGUUGGCUUUGAGGAGAUCUUAAACAUGGAGCCCUACUGCUGCAGGGAGACCCUGAGGUCACACAGAUCGGAGUGUUUUCUUUAUGACUUGUCAGCCGUAGUGAUGCACCAUGGGAAAGGGUUCGGCUCAGGACACUACACGGCCUACUGCUAUAAUUCAGAAGGAGGGUUCUGGGUACACUGCAACGAUUCCAAGCUGAGCAUGUGCACCACGGCCGAGGUGUGCAAGGCCCAGGCUUACAUCCUCUUCUACACCCGGCGCAUCCCUGAGAGUGCUUACGCGGAGCUCCCGGCGGACGGCCAGCGCCCCGGGGACAGCGUGGACUCCCCUGCCAGUGAGCGCCUCGGCUGACCAGGACGCUGCUGUGCUUCUGCAAAUUUGUAGACUUUUUAAAGGGCUGAAUUACAAUUUUGGGCUUACUCUUUUUACUUAA